AUGCCUCCUGUCGACAGCGAUUCCUCUGACGAAGGCGAGGAUUAUACCGAAACCAACACUCUCCUAGGCUACGCGUCGCAGAGUGCAUCUGGAGACGCCAUCUCUCACCUGGGUGGUUCUCCGGCAUGGAUCGAUGAAAAGACGGCUCCUUCGGGUGCAUUGGCAAAAUGUAGAGUCUGCAACGGGCUUCUCACGCUUCUACUCGAGCUCAACGGCGACCUCCCCGAGCACUUUCCUGGCCAUGAGAGACGGCUGUAUAUAUGGAGCUGUCGUAGGAAGACCUGCAGGCGGAAGGAGGGCAGUGUGAGGGGUAUACGAGGCGUGAGAUUUGCGAAGGGCUGCAGUAAGGUUGCACAGAAGAAGAUGGAGAAGAAAGUAGUCAAGCAAGAGGAGCCACAGCCGCAACUUGGCGAAUCUUUAUUCGGAGUCAAAAGCGUUGGAAAUACUGGAGCAGCAGCAAAUUCGUUCGCGAACCCGUUUUCAGCGGGCUCUAAUGGGGCAGCACCGGUGAACCCGUUUGCUUCAGGCGGCGCCAGCGCAAUCCCUUUUGCGAGCGCACAGCCGCUAUCGAAGCCUACGCCAGGAGAGGGUAAGGAUGUGGCUUCGACAACACUGCCUGAAACAUUUGCAUCAAAGGUUCGCGUCUCGUCACCACCUCCGUCGGCGCAGCCCGCGCGACCGCACGAACCAUGGCCAGCAGAGUCAGAGUUCCCUCCUGCAUACCCAUGCUACUACCUCGAUGCCGAGUAUGAGACACUAGAUGCACCCUCCACCCCCCAGAUACCUGCGAACGCGCGGAUGGAUGUAGACGUUGAGGGUGGUUACAGCGGCGGGGGCAAAGAAGACAAGGAAAUAUUCGAGAGCUCGCUCGACAAGACGUUUCAAAAGUUCGCAGACCGCGUCGGACAAAACCCCGAGCAAGUCAUCCGGUACGAAUUCCAAAGCAAACCGUUGCUAUACAGCGACGCCGAUGCUAUAGGCAAGCUUCUAGCCGCACACUCAGAAUAUGGGUCAUCUUCAAAUGCAAAAGUCACUACCGCGGGCUCCAGAGGAGGGUCAGGGAUGCCGAGGUGUCAGAACUGUGGUGCUGAGCGUGUGUUUGAGGUGCAGCUUACGCCCCAUGCUAUCACGGAGCUUGAGGCUGACGAGACGAGUAUUGAUGGUAUGGAAUGGGGUACUAUUAUAUUUGGUACUUGUAGCAAGGAUUGCAAGCCCAGUGACGUGCCUGAGGGUGAGGUUGGGUAUGUGGAGGACUGGAUCGGUGUGCAGUGGGAGGAGGUUGCGAAGAACCACUGA